UGCCACAAAACAGUCAAUGAAAAUUCAACUGGCCAGACUGAACCGUCGACGGCAGCAGAUGCCGAAUGGCAGAUACUCCCUGCCUUUCCCUGGGAGGGUGAUUUGAAUGAGUUGGAUGUAAAUGACGGUGCGCCACCGCACUGGAUGUCUAGAUUUGUGUCGGGGCGAGAUUUACAAGCGCGCGCUAUCUGGAGACGCCGUUCUUGAGGAGCUGAAAGAGAAGAAGCUGCUCUGAACUACAUCAGUCUCAGCAGCUGCCAUGACAGGGGUGGGGGCAGAGGAUGACAUCCCUCUCUGUGAGAGGAAAACUGUCACUGACUUCUGCUAUCUCCUGGACAAGUCCAAACAGCUUUUCAAUGGCUUAAGGGAUCUGCCUCAAUAUGGACACAAGCAGUGGCAGUCCUAUUUUGGCCGAACGUUUGACGUCUACACCAAGCUGUGGAAGUUUCAGCAGCAGCACAGACAAGUCUUGGACAACCGGUAUGGUCUCAAGAGGUGGCAGAUAGGUGAAGUGGCCUCAAAAAUUGGCCAGUUGUACUACCAUUACUACCUCCGCACUUCAGAAACAAGCUACCUAAAUGAAGCCUUUUCUUUCUAUUCAGCAAUUCGCCAACGGUCAUAUUACCACCAGGUCAACAAAGAAGACAGGCCAGAGCUGGUUGUAAAAAAGCUGAGGUAUUACGCUCGGUUUAUCGUUGUUUGUCUGUUGCUCAACAAGAUGGACCUGGUUAAAGUGUUGGUGAAGGAACUUUCGGAGGAGAUUGAGGACUACACCCAACGAUUCAACACUGAGGACCAGUUAGAGUGGAAUCUGGUGCUGCAGGAAGUAGCAGCUUUUGUGGAGGCCGAUCCUCUGAUGAUCCUGAAUGAUGACAAUGCUGUGGUGGUCCUUUCCAAUCGGCUGCAGGAGGGAGGUGUGCCCCCUCUGGAGCAGGGCAUGGUGGUUGGCCAGCUCACCUUGGCAGAUGCUCUCAUCGUUGGCAACUGUAAUAACCAGGUGAAGUUCAGCGAACUGACCAUCGAUAUGUUUCGAAUGCUUCAAGCGCUUGAGAGGGAACCGGUGAACCUGGCCACGCAAAGCUCCAAACCAGGGACACUUGAGCCCAAUGAAAAGCCGGCCAAGAGAGAGAACCCUCAUAAAUAUCUCCUCUACAAACCAACCUUCAGCCAGCUCUACACUUUCCUGUCUGCCUCCUUCAAGGAGCUGCCAGCCAAUAGUGUCCUGCUGGUGUAUCUCUCGGCCACUGGAGUUUUCCCCACUGGACGCUCUGAGAGUGAAGGACCUUAUGACUUUGGAGGUGUCCUGACCAAUACUAACCGUGAUGUGGUGAACGGUGAGACGGCGCAGAAGAGAAACCAGGCACAAAAAGAGAUGCACUGCCUCCACCCAGGAGACCUUUUCCCCUUCACUAGGAAACCUCUGUUUAUCAUUGUCGACUCCUCCAACAGCACAGCUUAUAAGAAUUUCUCCAAUCUGUUCGGCCAGCCUCUUGUUUGCCUGCUUUCUCCAACAGUAUAUCCGAAGAGCAUGCAAGACCAGUCUCAGCGUGGGAGUCUGUUUACUCUCUUCCUCUACAACCCCCUCAUGGGCUUCCUAUCUGUCUGUGGACUGAGCAGCAUGCGUUAUGGAUUGUGGGAAAAAGCCCAGGAACUCCUGCGGAAGGUUUUCCAUGACAUUGGCCAGAUGAUCACAAGUUCACGAGUUAUAGAUCAGGCGUAUCUGCAGUUUUAUGGUGACGAGUUUCUGCGUCUGCUCAUGAUCCGCUUUGUGUUCUGCUCCUCCACGCUCCGGUUACACAAGCUCUUCCGGGAAGCAAGGAGUUUUCCAGAAUCGUAUCCCCCUCUGCCAAAACAGGAGAUGGUGGAGAGCAGCCUUCUACAGAAACAUGUGCUGGAGCUGGCGGCCAUUCUGGACGUGCAAAACCUCUUCUCUGAUGGGAUGCUGGAUAACUAUUGACCACAUGGUGGCACCGUGCCAACUUACAGACACACGCACACAACACGCUUAUGCCCAUAAACACAAUCAUAUACAAGUUGGUAGGUAGGUUCUUUUGAAUAAGCUGAAUCUAAGCAUUUAGAUCUAGGUAGAUAUUAACUGUUCAAGAGAAAAUAUCUCAUCUUCAUGGGCAGAUAUUUCACAUGUAUUUCUAGAUUUUAAGGAACUACAUACACCCAGAUGUGAAAGCGUUGCUCCCAAUAUACAGCAAUUUACCGCAUGCAUGUACCGUAUGAGUGUACUGUACGCGCGCAGGCACAUGGGCCUGUUGAGGGCAGCUAUCGCCUUUCCUGAAGGUGUUCAGAGAGCACAAGAUAACCAUCUAGAGCGAUCGAGAAACAUUUUAUAUGUCAAUUGGUAUAUUUCCAGAGAGAUUCUUCCAAAAAGAUGAGCCUAAGGCUUUGGCAAAACACGUUUUGGGGAAGGAAGUCUAUUUUUUUCUUCUCAACACUUUGCCUCUGCAACGUUUACACAACUCUUUCUGUAGGGAGCGUGCUGCAUGUUUGCAUUUAUUUGCUCUGUCUUGCCUUUUUUUUGUUGUUGUUUUGUUCUGUUUGUGUUUGCUUUUGUGUCUUGACACAAACUUUGCGGACUUUAGCCUGACCUUUUGAAGGAGGUCCACCGCGCUGUGCCUAUUUUGGGUUAUUUUGGUCAUCAAGAACCAGUUAAGAACACUAACCAGUUCUUAAAAAGGAUACCGUAGUUCAUCCAAAAGAUAACAUCUGCAGUUUAAUUACUCACCCACAAACAUCCAGGAUGCAAGUGACUUUUUUUCCUUCUGGAAAAUAUUACAAUUUCAUAAAAUAAAGUUAAAACCCACCAGCAUUUAGACUUGAAAAAAUCAUAUAAAGGCCAAACUAAAUUAAUACCAGUGCCUUCAGAUGACACAUUGUGUUAGUUCACCCAAAAAUGCAAAUUCAUUCAUUCUUUUUCCUUUGGCUUGGUCUCUAUUUCAGAGGUCGCCACAAUGGAAUAAACCACCAGCUUUUCCAGCUAGGGCUGCUCUAUAAUGGAAAAAUUAAAUAUUGCAAUAUUUUUUUAUUUGUUUAUUCUCUAUCUAUCUAUCUAUCUAU